AUGGAAGAGGCAAGAAAUUUGACUAACUCCCCCCUUCCGUGGUAUUUUUUGCCCAAAAACCCACCAUCUGUGAGCGAACAAAAUUAUUUUAAUAGAAAAAUUUUUUAUGAAAAAAAAUUUUGAUAUAUAAGUGAUAAUUAGUAUAAUGAAAUCUCGAACUAAUUCUGUUAAUUUUAAACACAUUGCGUUUUAAAAAAUAAAUUUUGCAAAUUAAAUUAAUAUUUGCUUUCAAAUUAGAAUUUUUUUAAAUUUUGAAGAAAAAAAUUUUUUCUAUAAAAUUUCUAUAUAAUUUUUUUUUAAGAAAAAAUUACCCCCCUUCAUGAGCGAACAAAUUUUUUUUGUUCGCGCACGGAGGGAGAGUAAGAAAAUUUUAAGAUAUGAAGAGAUGCUUAAAAAUAGUGAAGAGGCACAUAUAAAACUGGAAAAAGAGCUAAAAUCAACUAAAAAGCUCUUAAAAAUUGAAAAAGACAACAAUAUUAUACUCAGAAAUGAAAACACAAAGACAGCAAUGAAUUUCAAAUCGUUAAAAGAUUCUUAUGUGACUCUAAGUGAAGAAAUACAAGCUCUAAAACUGAAGUUAAGGAAUAAAAAAAACCAGAGAGAUCAAGAAAGCAUAGAAUGAGACCUUAAAGUAGGCAACUUAAAAAAGGAAAUCGAAAAAAGAGGUUAGAAAUAUUUAGAUAAAUUGUUAGAACAAAAGGACAUAGAAAUUCACCGCCUUAAGCAUAUCAUUGAUGAAAAAGAGGAAAGUAUUGAAGAAAUAAAGAAACAGUUUGCAAUUGUUCAGCAAGAUCUAAACAAUCAAUUACAAGUUUCAAAGAAUUCUGAACUUCAGUUGAAAGAUAAACUUGAUAAGCUUCAAUCUGACUUCUACAUGAAUCAGCAAUCUUUGAUUGCUUUCCAGCACAAAUCAAGAGCCUCUGAAGAAACCUUAGAAUUGUUUCACAGCAUUUUAAAAAACAAAGAAGAUGAAAUUCAUGUGAAUAAAGUGUAAAAAAUAUAUAGAAAAGCAAAAGAGCUCGAGGCCAAAGAAGACCAUUUGCAAGAAGCUGUAAGCAUGCUGCAAGGGGAGCUUAGACUUAUGAAACAGCAAAAAGAAGAAAAAAUCCUUAAAAAGAGAAGAGAUUGCAUGGAAUCGAGAUGCUCUGUUAAGACAUUUUAA